GAGCAGUUAGUGGUAAGCUGCUAUUCGGGCACUUGAAUGGAUUUAAGCAUGGGAGUCACGUGCUCUGGAGUCACGUACCCAAAGUAAUCUUGUAAAUAUUGACGUCUCACACAUGGAAUAAUUUGAGAUUUGUUUUAAAAUGUCAACUAAGCAUAUCGCACAAAAACACACACUGGGGCUACACAAAUGUACACCAGUCAGAGUUUGACUACAUCUGCUUGACACCUGGUUAUUCAUUGUCCAUUUGAGGCGCUGUAGCGAUGGUGUCGGCGAUCGGUAAUGAACCCGAAAACCCGCUGUUGGAUGUUACUGUUGGUGUUGAUGUAGCUUAGCACAAGCACCAGCUGGCAGUGGGGGGAAAUGUCAGUGUUUCGUCUGCUUUAAUGGCGAUAAAAUCGGCGCCCUUUACUUCCUCCGGAAUGUAAUCCUUUACAGCACGCAGUCCAGCAGCUCGUUUUGUUCAGUCUCUGACUUGCCUUUAAACGUGACAAUGCUCCUCCAAAAUCGAGCUGUGUUUGCACUGGGUCUUCGCAUGUCCUCCACCCAUGUGACGAGAGGUUCUUUGAUGGACAUAGCCAGACCCAACUCAGACAUGUCUGAAUUCCGCAAGGUCUUUUCCAAAGCCAAGCACAUAGCAAUCAUCACCGGGGCAGGUGUGAGUACAGAGAGUGGAGUACCGACCUUCAGGGGAGAAAAUGAGAAAUGGAGGAAGUGGCAAUCUCAGGACCUGGCAACCCCAGAGGCCUUCUCUCGCAACCCGUCUCGGGUCUGGGAGUUCUACCAUUACAGAAGGGAGCUAGCUUUGAGCAAGAAGCCCAGUGCUGCACAUCUGGCUAUAGCAGAGUGUGAGGCCCGGCUGAGGAAGCAGGGACGCUCCGUGGUGGUCAUCACCCAGUGCAUAGAUGACCUUCAUCGACAGGCUGGGUCCAAACAUGUGCUCAAGGUUCAUGGCAGUCUGAUGGAGACGCGCUGUGUGAGUUGUGGAAACGUGACUGUGAACAAGCGAAGCCCCAUAUGUGCUGCCCUAAAGGACACAGGUGCACCUGACCCAGAUGUUGCUGAUGCCCAGAUUCCUGUGGAUAAACUGCCAAGGUGUGACGAAAGUGACUGCCACGGUCUGCUGAGGCCCAACGUGGUGUUCUUUGGGGAAACUCUGGACUCUCAUAUCCUGACCAAGGUGGAAAAAGAGAUGGAAAUCUGUGAUCUCUGUCUGGUGGUGGGCACAUCUUCAAUCGUUUACCCAGCAGCCAUGUUUGGCCCCCAGAUUGCAUCCAGGGGCAUCCCAGUGGCAGAAUUUAAUACACAAACAACACCAAAAACUGAGUACUUCACGCACCAUUUCCAGGGUCCAUGUGGAACUACGCUGCCUCCAGCUUUGGCACAACAUGAGUCAGAGGUUAUUUAAGAGCCACAGGAAUGACUUUACAGACAGCAACCAGUAGCUUCUUCUACAGACUAAUGCAAUCCAAGGCUGGGGGUGUCAUAGCAUUUUUUUAUUCCAAAUUCACUUCAGCUGUUGAUGCUUGGGGGCAAAUUGUAUAGAAUUUAGCUUUUUAAGACUUUAAGAUGGAUUUCUUAAAGCUGGGGUAGGUAAUGUUGGAGAAACUAGCAAGAGACAGCUAGAUUUUUGAAAGUAUCCGACUGAAAAAAUCCCACCCCUUCCCUUCAGGCCUCCCUCCAAAGCCACUCCCCCAAAACACAUUUUAAUGUGCAAUGAGUGCAUGGCCAGAGUGCCCGCAGGUAGACAGGCAGACAGGCCAGCCAAUCAUUUCAUUUGGGCCGAAUGAAAUGAUUGGCUGGGCUUAUUACAUGCCUGCGACAGCCACAGAUACUGGAUUUUUUUCUUCUUUCUUUUUUCCCCAGAGCAUUUGAUUUAUUGAUUUCUGUCAAGAUGUAAAGAGAAUUUCAGCACAUAUAACAAAAAAUGCUUCUGAAAUACUUUACCUACCCUAGCUUUAAUACUUGAACAUAUAUAUAUAUAUAGUAAACUGGAAAUGGGAUAUUGUAUGUUUUCCAUAUUUGCUAUGAACUAUGCAGAUAUAAGAAAGGGACUACGUAUGUAGGUAUUUGCAUAAGAAAAUAUCUCCCUAGAUAUCACAGGGUAUUGUUAUUCUUUGUAUAUCUUGCGUAUUAGAUGCUGGUUAGGAAUUGUCAUAUUUUGGGUAUACUGUGCUACUAAAAGUAUGGCUGUAGAUCAGAACAUAUUACUCCCAGUGCCAGUGGAGAAUAUUCCUCUUUUCUCUUUCCACAGAUGAAUGAACAGAUGUACAGAGCGUAACAUAAUCUUGUGCCUUUCAAAACUGUUUACACAACCUUGACCAAAUGCUCACUUUAAACCUCAAGUGCAAAUCAACCAGUGUUGCAGAGAUUUAGCCAUGUGUACAGAGUUUGCUUUUGACCAAGGACACAGAGGGUAGAGAGAGAGACAGAGAGGGAAAAUGUUGUCUUUUCAAUCCUAGCCUGAAUCUGCAUUAUUUCCCUCUCGUGCAGUGUUUAUUAUCACAUCAGUAUAGUUACCUUUCAUGUAUUAUUCAUGAUACAUUUUUUCACAUUCACUAUCUGUUUUCAAAAAAUGUGUUCAACUACUGUAGAUGGAAAUUGUCUAAAAUGAAAGCAAUCAUAUAUUUAAUUACAUUAUUAUCUGUUUUUUAAACAACUUUUUUGCCCAUAAACAUGACCCACAGUUUUUAAUGAUGUAUUCUAUUAAAAUGCAAUUACACAGAACAUAAUUAUUAAAACACUAAAUGUACA